UAUUAUAUGAUGUUUAUUUUUCUUUAUGCGACUCCAAUCACCGGGACUCAGACCAUUAGUUUCACUAUAUAUAAAGUGAGCAAAGCUUAAUUAUAACUUCAAAAAAUACUUCUUUGUCCGUCUUUUUGUACCGGAAAAAUGGAUCCCGUCACCACCGCUGUCCUACCGAGUAUUCAGGCAGUGCCUUAUGCCGCGCCGGCAGCUGUAGGUGGUUUGUUCUUCUCUAUGUUCGUCAUGAAACAAUUCGUAAACAAUCAGAAGAAAACUCAUGCAAAGCUUCCUCAUGUACCAGAGGUACCAGGAUGGCCAGUGGUCGGGAAUUUACUGCAACUGAAAGAGAAGAUACCUCAUGAGACUUUCAUGGGCUGGGCUGAUACUCAUGGGCCCAUUUAUUCAAUCAAAACGGGUGCUUCUUCUCUUAUUGUUCUUAAUUCUGCUGAUGUUGCUAAAGAGGCAAUGGUAACUAGAUAUUCGUCCAUUUCAACAAGAAAACUGUCAAACGCCCUGACUCUAUUUACGCAAAAUAAAUGUAUGGUUGCAAUGAGUGAUUACGACGAAUUUCACAAGAUGGUGAAACGACAUAUAUUUACAAAUCUUUUGGGAGCAAAAGCUCAGAGGCGACAUCGCCACCACAGGGACACCCUUGUCGAAAACAUUUCGACCCGAUUUCACAGUCAUGCAAAAAAAAAUCCCAACCAAGCAGUGAAUUUCAGAAAGAUAUUUGAGUAUGAACUAUUUGGAUUAUCAAUGAAAGAAGCAUUGGGAGCGGAUGUCGAAUCCAUUUAUGUUGAUGAACUCGGGGCUACUUUGUCAAAAGACGAGAUUAUGAACGUCUUGGUACAUGAUCCGUUGGAAGGUGCAAUCGAUGCGGACUGGAGAGAUUUCUUCCCAUUUUUCAAAUGGGUUCCUAAUAAGAGAUGGGAAGCAAAAAUCCAGCAAAUGCAUUUUCGUAGGCAGGCAGUGAUGAAUGCUCUAAUCAAGCAGCAAAAGCAACGAAUCGCUUCAGGACAGGAGGUGGAUUGUUAUUUGGACUACUUAUUAUCUGAAAGCACACUUACCGAACAGCAAAUAAGCAUGUUGGUAUGGGAGGUAAUUAUUGAGACAGCUGAUACAACUAUGGUCGCUACAGAAUGGACCGUCUAUGAACUUGCGAAGAAUCAAAAUUACCAGGACGCGCUCUAUCACGAAAUUGAAAAUGUGUGUGGAUCGGAAAAGAUCAAAGAGGAGCACAUGUCUCAACUGCCAUACUUGAAUGCUGUUUUCCAUGAAACUCUUAGGAAAUACAGUCCAGUUCCAGUUAUACCAGUACGACACGCGCAUGAAGAUACAGAAAUAGGGGGAUACUACAUUCCUGCAGGGAGUGAGAUCGCUAUUAAUCUUUACGGGUGCAACAUGGAUAAGAAGGUAUGGGUAAACCCUGAAGAGUGGAAUCCUGAGAGAUUUCUUGAUGGAAAAUACAAUUCUGCCUACUUACAUAAGACAAUGGCUUUUGGAGGCGGAAAACGGGUAUGUGCAGGUGCUCUUUCUGCAUCAUUGAUCGCAAGUGCAUCCAUUGGAAAAUUAGUGCAAGAAUUCGAGUGGAGUCUCGAAGAUGGAGAGGAAGAAAACGUUGACAUAGUUGGACUCGUAACUCGCAAGCUUCAUCCGUUGCAUACUAUCAUAAAGGCGAGAAGGCAAUAAAAACGAUCGAUCGAUCUAGUUUGGAAAUGAAUCAUCCGUAAGAUCAGUAAUAAAAUAUGUUGACCUUCUUUGCUUGGUUUUAUCAUGAAGUAACAUAAUUUCAUUCUGGAUUAGAAUUGCCUCAUGUUCAAAUGAACAUUGUUUGUCACUAAAUAAAAAAAUUAAUAAAGGCUCGUCAAAUUGAAAAUCCGCAAA